AUGCCUAUCAACACCUCCUCAUCCGACGAAGGCGCCACAGGGGCUGCAAAGUUUGUUACAUCGACUGUUGGGAACACAGUAGGCGGCCUCGUCCGCACCGUCGGCGGCAUCACCGGCGCAGCAGGCCGCGGCCUAGGCGACACCAUUUCCAGCGCCACGGGGAGCGUGGGCAAACCACUGGGAGAUGGCCUUGCGAAUGCGGCGAGUGGAGUUGAGGGUGGGACGAAUAGAGUUGCGAAGGGGGUCGAGAAUGCUGGGGAGUGGAAGGGGGGAAAUACUAGGUUUUGA